AUGGGAACUACCCAUCGAGAAAGUGUUAUCGAAGCAUUCGAUAAGUUCCGACAAGAACUCGACGAACAUCAUGACCGGAGAGAGCGACUUAUCAAGAUCAGCCGGGAUGCGACAAACCUUUCAAAAAAAGUCAUCUUUCUACUUCACCGAACAAUAUCAGAAGAAUCCAAUAAUUCAUCUCUACGAAUAGUCCGUCGCGGUCGUGAAAAGCUUCGGGAAGUGCAAGCGUUAUACGCACAAAUAAGGAACGAGGUACAAGCUGAGCGGUUCUGGCACUACCAUAAAGCAAUAUCACCCGGCCUCCAAGAGUAUAUUGAAGCAUUGAGCUUUGCUCACUACCUCGAGCAUGGCACUCUGGUGUCAUAUGAAGAAGUCCAGCUUUCCCUUUCUGAUGAAAAUGGCAUAUCUUAUUUUACUCUUCCGAGGGAAGAUUACUUACUGGGCUUGUCUGAUGUCACUGGCGAACUCAUGCGUUUUGCAAUAUCUGGAAUAGCUCAGAAGGGCGGCCGCGCUCGAGCUAGAGAAGUGUGUACAUUCGUCAGGCAAUGCAAGGCAGGCAAGUCAAUUAGCUUCACAAUAGUGUGCAAAGUAGACUUCGAGCGCUUUACUCCAUACGUGAGGGAGUUAUCCAAGAAACAGGCUGUAACCUCACAAUCUCUAGCAAAGAUUGAGGACGCGGUGUAUGCCAUUGUGGUUCGAGGAUCUGAGUACGACAUUCCCCCUGAUAUGUUAGAUGACAUCAUUGCGCAGUCGAUCUCGACCUUUAGUUGCUCUACCAGUGCGAGAUCGAGACCUGGUCACAGAGACGGCCGGAGCGGAGAUGAAUACGAAGAUGAUAUUUGA